AUGUCUGAUCUCGAUAUCGGGAGGGUGCAAAAUACAACUCAAGAUUCAUGGAUGAUUGAAGGGGAUACUCCAAAGUCUGAUCCGUUUCGCAGGGAGGACGACCGCUUAAGGCCUCCCCCUGUGAUCAAAUCUAGAUCUGACAAUACUUAUGAGCAAUCUCAUAUGGAUAGAUUUAUUCCCUGAAGGUCGUAUUUAGAGUCUUCACACUCCCUAAUAUUGAAUAAUGAAGAAAUAAAAUCAAACAAGAGCUUUUCUGAUUGAUCUGAUGCCUCAAGAGAUGAUAGGUCUAAUAAACAGAACUAUAAUGCCUUGCUAGAGAGCCAAUUCUUUGGUGAAGAUGAGGCCCUCAAUGAGAUGAAUUUAUCUUGAAUAGACCAAUCUGAUCAAACUUCUCAUUCAUGAUUCUCAGGCUAUUCUGGUACCCAAGGUACCACCAAAGCUCAGAAAGAGAACAAGAAUUUCUUGAGGUAUAAGAAAAAGAAAGUGACUAAGAAGUAUAACUCAGGAGUGACUUCAAUGAUGAGCAUGAAGUCAGAUACUUAUAAUCAUGCUAAAAUAAAACCCGCGAGAAAAAUAUCAAAACUUCCUUAUAAAGUUUUGGACGCACCGCAACUGCAGGAUGAUUUCUACCUUAAUCUAGUAGACUGGAGUAGCUCCAACAUCCUAGCAGUAGGCUUGGGCACAGAGGUUUAUGUUUGGAAUGCUUCAACGAGCAAAGUGACAAAACUUUGUCAGGCAGCUUAUGGAGACAGCAUCUCUUCUGUGGCAUGGUCACAAAAAGGAAAGCACUUGUCAGUGGGAAUCAGCAAUGGUGAGACCCAAAUCUGGGAUAUCAACCAUCUUGAUUGAGUAAGAACUUUUGAUGGACAUAAUGGAAGAGUAGGAGCUUGAGCAUGGAAUGGUUCAAUUUUGGCAACAGGUUCAAGAGACAGAAGAAUUUUGGUGAGAGAUGUAAGAGCUAAUGACCCAUUGAUUUAUGACUGGAAUAAUCAUAAACAAGAGGUAUGUGGUCUGAAGUGGAGCCCUGAUAAUCAACAAUUGGCUUCAGGAGGAAACGAUAAUAAGCUACUUAUUUGGAGUGUACAACACAAAGAUCCUCUGAAAAAGUUUUCAGAUCACUGUGCCGCAGUAAAAGCCAUAGGAUGGUCUCCUCAUCAGCAUGGUCUAUUGGCAACAGGAGGGGGUACAGCCGAUAGAUGAAUUAAGUUUUGGAACACUCUUACUCUUGAAAAUAUCAACAGCAUAGACACUGGAAGCCAGGUUUGCAAUUUAGCAUUUUCAAAAAGUGUGAAUGAACUAGUAUCCACUCAUGGAUAUAGUCAAAAUCAGAUUAUUAUUUGGAAAUAUCCAUCUAUGUCUAAAAUUGCAACACUAACAAGGCAUACAUACCGAGUACUAUUCCUAUCUCUAAGUCCUGAUGGGCAAACUAUUGUCACUGGUGCAGGUGACGAAACGCUCCGCUUUUGGGAUGUGUUCCCUCCAUGAGAGAGUAAAUCUGACUCUUUCUUCGGUAGCUCUUCAGACUUCCCAUCAAUCACAAAAAUAAGAUAAUUAUCUAUAAAUGUAGUU